AUUCCACUAUCAAGUAUUUUGAGCUGUGUUGUGCCUGACAGCUGGUUUAAAAUUAUCAAUGACGAAGAGAGGGAAUAAACAAAAAGUCUACCAAUGAAUAAUCAAAUAAAGGUGCGGUGAGUCAUCAAAUAUCAGAUUUAAUGUAAAGUUCUAUAGUAGAUUGGUUUUUAUAGUAGUAAAGAUUUAAAUUUGGAAAUGGCUAUUAACUGUCAAGAUGGAGGCCAAAAUAGUGGAUAUAAGUAAAGAAGAAGAAAUAAUACCAUUUUUAAAUACAGCAUUAUUAUUAAUGUAACAAUAGAAAAAUGAUUUCAUUAAAAACUAAACAAGUUUGCUCAAUAGUUUUAGCUAUGUGUAGACGUUAUUCAGGAACAGUUAAAACCGAUCCAGGAAUCCGUAAAAGAGCAGCAGUGAUCACUCACGAGAAAGAGGACUUACAGGAUAUUGACUUAGAUGAUCUAGAAGCAGAUUUUAUGGAUUCACAUAAAAGUUAUAAACAGCACAUCGAUGAAUUAGCUAGAAAACAGGAACGAAUUAAAUAUUUAAUAGUGAAAAAUAAAUACUUCAAAGAUAAAUAUCCAAAUUUUCUUACAUGGAGUGACAAGGAACAAAUGAGAUUUCUUCAUAGUAUGGAUCCCGAAGAAUGGACAGUGGAAAAAUUGUCCGAUAGUUUUCCGGCACUACCCGAUGUUGUCAAGAAAGUUAUCAAAGCAAAAUUUACAAAAUCUGAUUUGAAGAUAAAAAGACAUGAUGCUGUUGUGGAACAAAAUUGGGAAGCUUUUAAGAAUGGGAAGUUCAAAUUAUUACCUACAGAAUUAGCUGAACAUCUGAAAAAAUUCACAACUAGAAAAAUACAAGCUCCAUACAUCGAUAAGAAAAAAGAAGUUAUUAAUCUACCAGAAGUUAAGUCAGACUUUUCAGAAAUUAUUACUAGUUAUCAAAAACUAAUAAGCAAUAAAAACAAAAAUAAAUGCGAAACUACAAAUAACGAAUCAAUUGAAAUAGAUUUAAAAGUGACUUCAAAAUCCACUGGAAAUAUGUCCACAGAUACAUAUUUAGUUACAGAUAAAUGUAAGGUUAAACAUAAAAACUUGAUAACCCUAUCCCAAUUACAGUCUGAUCUUGAAUAUAAAGCGAAUAAAGGAUUGAAUUUAACUGAAGAAGAAAUAUUAAUUUUUAAAGAUAAAAAUCAAAAUGAAGAAGUACCUAGUACAUUGUAUAAGGAUGAUCUAAAGCAAAUUGCUGAGAAUAAGUUCCAUUCUAGUAGAGGAUCAUCAGUAUCAACAAAUGUUAAGAGAGAUUAUUUACAUUUGAAGUAUCCAGAACAAAUAGUUAUACCUAAAGGACUGAAAAAAGCUGGAUGUGUAUAUAAGUUGAAUGAUUGUUUUUAUGAUGUCGAUGGUGAAUUUUUGUAUAGAGUUCCUGGAAUGGAAUGAAAAUAAUAAAAAAAAAUGUAAAUAA